AUGAUAGUCACGCGUGCUAUUUCCCUCACCAAUUUUCUUGUUGCCAGCUCGGCGCUCGGAUUUCAGGUUUUCGUCCUGUACCCGUGGCACAAGGAAUUAGACGCCGGGUUCGAGGAGCUCAAGAAGGAGCACUUGAAGGUCCUGGAUGCCGUCGGCAGCAGCCUCAGCGACCAGCAGCGAAGAGGCUUCAUGAACAAGCUGAACGACACGAGUAGCCAGACCUCUAAGCGGUGGUGGUUCUUCUAG